AUAAAAUAUAUAUAAUAUUUAUUAUCAAUGAUUAAUAAUUAAUAAAACUAUUAAUUAUUGUUAUAUUUAUAAAUAUAUAUUAAAAUAUUUAUUUGUAUAUUUAUAUAUUGAUAAUAAAUAUAUCAAAUAGCCACGGCUUUUACGGAGAUGGUUGGACUUGCGGGCGGGGGAGGACAUUUGUAUCCCUCGCCCCCGAUGCAAACUAAUAAUUCUGAGUUGAGAGAAAUGACGGGAAUAACGCCAACGGCUCCAACAAGUGCUGAUGCAUGCUUGAGUAUUGUACACUCGCUGAUGUGUCAUCGCCAGGGUGGCGAGAGUGAAGGAUUUAGUAAACGUGCCAUUGAAUCGCUGGUUAAAAAACUCAAGGAAAAAAGAGACGAAUUGGAUAGUCUGAUAACAGCGAUAACGACAAACGGCGCCCACCCAAGUAAGUGCGUAACAAUUCAAAGGACACUUGACGGACGACUGCAAGUCGCUGGACGCAAAGGUUUCCCUCACGUUAUUUACGCUCGUAUAUGGCGAUGGCCUGAUUUGCAUAAAAAUGAACUGAAACACGUCAAAUACUGUCAGUUUGCAUUCGACUUGAAAUGUGAUUCCGUGUGUGUUAAUCCUUAUCACUACGAACGUGUCGUCUCACCAGGAAUAGACCCGUUCUUUACAGAUUUAUCCGGAUUGACCUUACAAUCUGGAGUCGGAGUCGGACCUGGUGGACGUCUGGUAAAAGAUGAGUACAGCGUCGGGGGAGGUAACGUUACAGGAGUCUCUGGUGUUCCUGGAGUGCCUGGUGUCGUUCCAGGUCAGGCUGGGUCAGUAACUGGUCCCGCUGGUUCAUCAGCAUCCGGGUCAUCGAGUGUCGGUGGGUCGACUGGGAUGGACGUCGACGGGGAAAUAAACCAGACAAUUCAACAUCAUCCCCAGUCAUCACAAUCAGCCAACAGUAAUUCACAGUCCUCACAAUUUAUUACUGGUCUUCCGCCUAAUCCAACCGGUGAAAAUAUUUAUCCUAGAGGGGGUACGGUAGUAGGUAAUGUUACCGGAAGUGCUGGUACUGCUGUUAAUAAUCAACAGCAGCAACAACAGCAGCAGCAACAACUUAAUCAUAGUACCAAUAAAUUAGAUGAUAAUUGCCCUCCGACGAGACAAACCUGGAUACCUACUGCGCAUCAUAUCAACCCGCGUAAUUUACAUCAUCCUGUAGUCCAUCAAAUGGGUCAUUCAGUAGCACAACAGCAAUCAUUGAACGCUGGCACAGCACCUGGGGCACCGAUACUAAGUCCAACGCAAGCUCAAUCAACAGAUCAAUUCUACAAUACAAACACGCCACCUCAGGAUUUAAAUUCAGCUCCACCGACUGUCGAUGCUCUCACUGCCUCCCUAGGUGGAACACAAAGUUCUCCAGUAUCUCCAGCUCAUUUACAUCAUCAGAAUGGUUUUGCAGUAGCAACAGGAGCUAAUCCUUACAAUACUGGUGGUCCACAGUGGACUGGUGCUAAUACUUUGACUUAUACCCAGAGUAUGCAGCCACCGGAUCACCGACAUCUGCAUCCAACUUCUUACUGGCACGGUAAUGAAGUAGGCGGUAAUAUGAGUGGUUUGUUAUCAACCCAACCAGCGCCCGAGUACUGGUGCUCAGUCGGUUACUUCGAAUUAGACACACAAGUAGGUGAAACAUUCAAAGUAAGUAGCGGGUGUCCAACAGUGACCGUUGAUGGUUACGUUGAUCCAAGUGGUGGUAACCGAUUUUGUCUCGGUGCACUGAGUAAUGUACAUCGCACCGAACAAAGUGAACGUGCACGACUUCAUAUAGGUAAAGGCGUGGUACUAGAUUUACGUGGUGAAGGUGACGUCUGGUUGAGAUGUCAAAGCGAGCAUAGCGUAUUUGUACAAUCAUAUUAUCUAGACAGAGAGGCUGGACGUGCACCUGGUGACGCUGUUCAUAAAAUUUAUCCACAGGCAUAUAUUAAAGUAUUUGAUUUAAGACAGUGCCAUAAACAAAUGAGAGGUCAGGCUGCUACUGCACAAGCUGCUGCUGCUGCUCAAGCUGCUGCUGUUGCUGGACAUUUAACACAUGGCCAGCCAAUUACUAAAAAUUUGAGUGCUGCUGCUGGUAUUGGUGUUGAUGACUUGAGAAGACUUUGUAUACUACGAUUGAGUUUUGUUAAAGGAUGGGGUCCUGAUUAUCCGAGACAGAGUAUCAAAGAAACUCCUUGUUGGAUUGAGGUACAUUUACACCGAGCACUACAAUUACUCGACGAAGUACUUCAUACAAUGCCAAUUGACGGACCAAGAGGUAUCGAAUAAUGAAAUUUUAUUAUUAUUUAUAUUUUAAUUAAUUUAAGAUUUUUUUUCCUAUAAUUAAUUAAUUUGUUGAUUAAAUCAUCUAAAAAAAAAAAACAAAAAAAAAUUACGAACAAAGUAAUGGUUACAUAUAAAUAUUUUGAUUUUAUCGAAAUAAUUAAUUUAAUUCUCAUUACUUUGUAUGAUUAAAUAUGAAAGAAACUACUAAUUAAUUGACUAAUUAAUUAAUUAAUAAUUAAUGAUUAACAAAAAAAAAUAAAUAAAUAUAUGGCGCCAUGGCCUUGCUCUCAGACUCAACGUACAAAAAAUUUAUCAGGUUAAAAAAAAAAAAUAAAUAAUAAUAAUUAAUAAUUAAAUAAAUAAUUAAUGAAAAAUUUAAUUAGAUUGAGUAAAAUAAAAAUAAAUAAAUAAAUUGCGUGUCAGUGUCGUAUUUUUGUCAACUGCAAAAAAUUAUUUUUUAGAGUGAAAAUGUCUUAAAAAAAAAAAAAAAUAAUAAUAAUAAUAAUUAAUUAAAUGAGUGAAUAAAUGAGAGAUAUUUUAUAAGGCUGCCAAAUGCAAUCUGAUUAAUUAAUUUUUAUUUUUUUUUAAUUAAUACAAUUAAUUGAUUUUUAUUAGACUAGGCCUGGGGCAUAAAAAAAAUAAAAGCAAUUUUUGAAUUUUGUUUUUUUGGCUCAAUUUAAAGUUUUUUUUUUUUUAUUAUUAAUUAAUUAAUUAAUAGUGUAAAUAAUGGGUCUAAGUCCCAAAGAUUUUUUUAUACGAAGGGCAAUUUUUUAUGUUUUUGCCUUUGUUUUUUAGUUGCUUGUUAUAGAUGAGAUUGUUGAUAAAAUUUAUAAAAUCUCAGGUGACAAUUUUUUGAAUCUUUACUUUGGGUAUUUAUAUUUUUGAAUUUUUUUAUUUGAGUUUACUAUAAGGUUGUGGGUACUCAUUCCAGAGGAAAUCGUCUUCUUAACAACAUCCGGUCAUUAAUUCAUUCAAAAUAACAUUUUUUCAAAAUCUGAGAUUUGAAAAGAUUUCCAAAUUUUUAAUUUCUGAUCCAAACAUACGCUUGUGGGUACUCAUUCCAGAGAAAAUCCUCUCCUUAUCGCCAUCCUACCAUUCAUUUAUUGAAAAAAUAAUUUUUCAAAGUUUCGGAUUUUCAAAAAUUUCCAAAUUUUUAAUUUAUCAUCCAAAUACCAGUUUGUGGGUACUCGUUCCAAAGGAAAUGGUGUCCCGAACAACAUCCGGCUAUAAAUUCCUUCAAAAUAAAAUUUUAUCAAAAUCUGAGAUUUUCAAAAAUUUUAAAAUUUUAAUUUCUGAUCCAAAUACUAGCUUGUGGGUACUCGUUCCAAAGGAAAUUGUGUCCUUAACAAUAUCCGUUCAUAAAUUUAUUCAUAAAAAAGAUUUUUACAAAAUUUAAAAUUUCCAAAAACUUGAAAAUUUUUUUUUUCGAAAUAUAAGCUUGUGGGUACUCAUUCCAACGGAAAUUUAAUUGUCUGUCAACUUAAAUUACCAAAAACUAAAAAAAUUGUCACCAAGACCCUAACUCAGUGUACUCGUACUCACUUUUAUUGUUAACGACUAUAAUAAUUAUAUUGAUUUUAAAUCUAAUUAAUCGAACAAUUAUUUUUUUUUUAAAUUACCACUUAAAAAAAUAAAUGAGUCUGAUUCACUCAUUUUUUUAUUUCAUUUUAAUUUUAAUUUUAAUUAAUGACAAAGUUUUUAAAUAAAUUCUCAUUAAUUGUUACUAUGAGCUUAUUAAAAAAAAUAUAAUUAUUAUUCAUUAAUUAGUAAUAAUAUUAUUUUGUUAUCCAAGCGAAUUGUGUACAAAUAA